AUGCCAAAGAAUCUGGGUAAAUUAAGAGUAAUCCAAGAAGAUUACAUCGCCUUGGAAGAACUCCAAGAUGGAACUUAUGACAAAAUGGUGAAAGGAACCAACAGAGGAGCCAACGUGGUAGAACCACAGAACCAUCCAUUCCAAGGAGCAAGGCGACCCAAUGGCGGACCUACCCAAUUCGAUAAACAUAGGACUGGAGGAUGGAAAGGGAGAGACCAGACCCAUCCAAAGAAGGGAAAGUUUGUAGACCCUGUCUACACCAAGAUAAAUACCCAAAUAUCCGAGAUCCUAAAGAAGAUCGACGGACAACACUCAAUCACCUAUCCGUGGAAUAGAGGACAACAACCGGAACGUACCAAAAACAGAGCUGAUUUUUGUGAGUUCCACCAAUUUCAAAGUCACACGACAGACUCGUGUAGGGAUCUGAAAAAAGUAUUGCAGGACAUGAUCAACAAAGGAAAGCUGCUAGAAUAUAUUGCACAGCCAACAGUUCCACCAGCCACGGGGGCACCCAUACAUCAUGUGGAGAUGCCCAGAGAGGCACAGUACUUGGGCUGUAACACUAUAUUGCAUUCAGCGAUAACAACCCCCAUAAGAGAAGGGAAUAUCACAGGGCGUAUUCGCAAGCGCAACUCCAAAGGUGAGGAAGUUUUCAGCGUGGCUAAAGAACCACCCAUGGAGGAAUGGAUGAAAAUACCUAUAAUCUUUUCAGCCUCGGAGACACCGGAGGGAGGACACAACCACAACGAUCCUGUAGUGGUCAUGAUGGCCAUCGCACUCCCCGAAAUUGAGGGAGAGGAAGCAAGAAAUAGAGCACUACCCUGGGCAAUGCCAAAAAUCUUAAUCGACGGUGGUAGCUCGGUGGAAAUAUUAUUCUACGAAACUUUCAAACAAAUGAGCCUCCAAGAUGAAUGCCUCAUUCCCUCCACCUACAACAUAUUUGGAUUUAAUGGGUCAUUGACUCGUCCGAGGGGAGAGAUAACAUUAGAAAUUCGGGUGGGAAGGAUCCUCACCCUAACCACUUUCUGUGUGGUAGAUGUAUUGUCACCAUACACAUCCAUUGUCGGACGAUCUUGGGUUCACGGAAUCAAGGAAGUUGCCUCUACAUACCAUCAGAGGCUAAGGUUUCCAACACAUGACGGAGUAGCAGAGAUAGUUGGAGACUCUGGUGAAGCAAAAUAUUGUUAUAAAAUGGACGUCCAAAACGGCGAGAAUAAGAUCAACUCUCCGAAGGCACAAGAAAGGAUAGCUAGAGUCAUUGAUAACUCAACCGAAGCCCAUAAUGACAUGGCAUUAAGUGAUGCAUCAACACACUUGACUGACGCUCCAUCCUCGUGA